AUGCAAUCAAGUGAGAAACGUACUAAAAUGUUGGAUUUAGCAUCCUUGGAGCCGGCUACAAGGGUCAAACAAUUAGCAAGUUACGGAACCGUGGUUGAAGUCGACCCCAAUGUCCCACCAAGAAGAUAUUAUAGAUCAGGCUUGGAAAUGGUGAGAAUGGCGAAUGUAUAUUUAGCAGAGGGCAGCUUUGAAAAUGCUUACAUUUUAUAUAUGAAAUUCAUGACAUUAUUUGUGGAGAAAAUUAGAAAACAUCCAGAGUAUAGUACAGUUCCUUCUGAAGUUAAAGCAGUAAAUCAAUCAAUGUUAAAAGAAGUAAUGCCAAAGGCUGAAAAAUUAAAGCAGAAGCUACUAGAACAAUAUAAAAGAGAACAUAUACAUUAUUUAGAGAAUGAGGAAAAGAAAAGAAUAGCUGAAGAGGCAAGAAGAAAACAAGAACAGGAAGAUGAAAAACUUGCACAGCGCCUUCAAGCAGAUGAAAAUAGACAAGAUGGGCACAAGUCUACACCUCACCUAUUAAAUGCUGAGGACUGGGCAGUAACACCAACUGCGCCACCAGUGGAUGGAGUAUUAUAUCCAGAUGAUUUUGCGACAGAGCCUCCCCGAGCACCACCACACCAUUACCACCCCACACCACCACUCAUACCACCAUCGAGACCACAUGACGCAGGCAUAAGCGAUUACCUCCCAUCUCAUAUUGGGGAGCGUAGGUUGCGUAUGGUGAUGGUCCCAGCGGCACUACUACCGAAGUUCCUCGCGCUAGCCGCCUCUAAUACUGCAAGGAAUAUCGAGUUAUGUGGUAUCCUUGCAGGAAUUUUGGAACGAGAUCAACUUAAAAUAACACACGUAGUGGUGCCCAAACAAACGGGUACGGCGGACUCGUGCAGUACUAACAAUGAAGAAGAGAUUUUCCACUACCAGGACCAACACAAUCUCAUCACAUUGGGCUGGAUACAUACGCACCCGACGCAGACCGCGUUUCUCUCCUCAGUGGAUCUUCACACGCAAUGCUCUUACCAGUUGAUGAUGCCGGAGGCUAUCGCCAUUGUCUGCGCACCUAAAUAUAACGAGACGGGCUACUUCGCGCUGACGUCAGACUACGGCAUGCAGUACAUAGCCAACUGUCGGCAGACCGGCUUCCACCCGCACCCCAACGACCCUCCGCUCUUCUGUAGUGUGUCUCACAUACGAUUAGACGAGUCGGCGCCGGUGGAAAUGGUGGACCUUAGAAGA